GAAGUGCUCGGACUGCUCAGCCAGGAGCCUGAGCUCACAAAUUCAAGUCAAGAAGACAGCACAGGACAGGACAGGACACUGCACACUUCUGCAACAGGAAAAUAUACAAUAUCUAAGGAAGAUUUAGUUAAGGACAACAGCAGCAAUGAAGACAACACUUGCGACUCUCACUCUCUGCCUGGUGGCGCUCAUGGCCACAGGUUUCCCUUUGGAGAAGAAAGGGGGCUCGUCCUCCGGCAGUGGUGCCAAGGAGAAGCGUGUACAGUACGCAGCAUGGGACGAUGUGAAUGUCAUUGCUCAUGGCUUGCUGCAGCUGGGCCAGGGGCUGAAGGAGCAUGUGGACAAAACCAAAGUCCAGAUGAGGGACAUUUCCACCAAGCUGAAGAUCUUCAAUCGCACGGUGACUGAGCUGGGGAAGGAAAGCCAGAAGCUGCGAGUGGAGGGGGAGGCCCUGAAGGCUCGAGCCCAUGGACUGGAGGACAGAGAGGGACAGCUGCUCAAUGUCACGGCCGAGCUGAGGGAGAAGGCAGAGGAGAUGCAGCAGGAAAGGAGGACAAUGAGUGAGAGGAUGAGCCGGCUAGAGGAGAGGGUGGACAGCAUGCUGCAGGGAGACACUGUGCUGCCUGACAUGAACACCGGUGCCAGGAACAACAGUGAUGCACGCAACAUCCAGCUGAUGCUGGAGGCUCAGAACAAACGCAUUGAUGAUCUGAUGGAGCGGAUCAGACUCCAGCAGGAGAAGCUUGAUAAGCAGAAUGUGCGCAUCAGGAUGCUGCAGAGUCAGGUUCAACAGUCACGACAGAGACCAUCCGUGGAAAGCAUCAACACUGACGUGCAAAGUGGCUCUGAGCAACGCGACUCACCAGUUGGGAUGCCAUCAGACUGUCAUGAGCUGUUCCUGAGAGGAGAGAGCACCAGCGGGGUCUACACCAUCCAGCCAAUAAACGCAGAGCCCUUUAACGUCUUCUGUGAAAUGACAGCUGAUGGCGGAUGGACAGUCAUCCAAAGGCGCCAAGAUGGCUCAGUGGACUUUAACCAGCUCUGGCAAGCCUACAAGAAAGGCUUCGGCGGCCUAAAUGGAGAGUUCUGGUUGGGGUUGGAAAAGAUCUAUGCCAUUGCUAAAGAUGGUGGUUACAUCCUCAACAUCAAGCUCUCCGACUGGAGUGGUGACGUAGCAUCUGUCCGCCUUCCCUUCGAAUUGGGUGGAGAGGAAACCAAGUACUCACUCAAGAUUCAGAAGUCUGGCGAGUUCAGCCCCUUGGAAAGUGCCCUGGGGACUGACGCCACCUCCGGCCUGCCAUUUUCCACCUACGACCAAGACAAUGAUCAGAAAAGCGAUCACUGCGCCAAGCACCUCUCCGGUGGUUGGUGGUUCAGUCACUGUGGUCGUUCCAACCUAAACGGUAGAUACUUCCAGAGCCCUCCUCCCAAGCAGAGGCACCAGAGGAAGCAGAACAUCUUCUGGAAGACCUGGAGGGGCCGCUACUACCCUCUGAAGUCCAGCAAGAUUAUGAUAGCCCCUGCUGCAAUCGUAAACAAGUCAUAAAGAAUAGAAAGAGACAUAAAGCAAAAGUCAAGACAAAGAGACGGGGGAGAAAGAUUUUGGACUGUUCUUUCUUUUCUUGGUGCUUGGUUGAUGAGGUAGAGGUUUCCAUUUUCCCUGGUUGUCUCUCUGCAACCUUACACCAGAGCCAAGGCCCCUCAAAAUAGAAGCAAAAAGAACUCACAUUAAAAAAACGAGUUCCAGGUUUCCACUGCUCUGUUCUCCGAGAGACAAGUUGAUUCCUCCCCAGCAAGUAGAACCACAGAUGCAAAGAGAGACAUGAAUACAACGUGCAGUGGAAAGUUUUUCAUACAUUGCAGUUGAUUCAUUCUGUUGGCACGAGGCUGGGGCCCCUAGUCAGGAGAACAUCACAGGGCGAGUCACGGCCUGUCCACUGUGCAGUAAGCCACAAAGGAUUUCCAACAAGUAGAGACGCAUCAACAGACGCGUGGUGUCAAUGGUGUAUGUGGGCUGUUGUGGCGGAUGAGUGUGGUUUUGUAGCAACUUGUGAAAAGCGUUGUCAGCUUAAAAACAGAUUUGCUCUUAUAUUGUAGGAUGCAUGUAGCAGUGAAAUGCUGGCUGAUUAAGCAUUUAAACCUAAUGGUGCGGACCAAAUAAUGACUUAAUUAAAACAGAGUCAUUUUCCAUAAUGUAAGGUUAUAAAUCAGUGAAAACUAGGACAAUGAUGCAGAAAAUGUGUUAGGACGAUGUGGGGCAUGGAAAACCAUUCCAGUACCAUUUGUACUAUGUAUCUUCUGUCUGCAAUUCUGAAUCACAUUAAACAUAUUCUUCACCGACUUUAAUUUUUCUGUGGAGAUUUUGAGGAUAUUAAGUCAUAUUGACUUAUUUUAAUAUGAGAGGCAUGGUUUUGUACAUAGUGUAUGAAGGAAUGUCAUUUGUCUUUUCAGAAAUAUAACUGUUACUCAUUUGUUGUGACAUUAUCUAUUGUCCUUGUGACUUAAGAGUUUGUUAUUGUAGGUGUUCCCUUUCCUUAUUUAAAUGCUAAAGAAUCAAUAUAUAUAUCUGUAUAUAUAUUUUCUGGUGCUGCCUGUUUGUAAUUUAUAUAUUGUUUUUGUCGUGUUUACCAGAUGUACAAUUGUUUUUUAAGAGAUUUUAACCAUUUUUGGGUCCAUAGAGAGCCAAUAAAAUUGAUUUAAA